AGGAGACGCGAAGCGCGAACUUGCAAGACUCCACAUUACACAAUAUUUUGGCUCCUCUGUGGCAAGAUAAAUAUGAAUUAUAUUAUGAUUAUAUUAUACUAAGCAGCUAUAUUUUACGGUUUUACAAUAAAACAAAAUGGGAAAACAACUAAAUCACGUAUGAUGCCAUAGAUAACUAACAGUUAAACUCGAUCAGCUGAUGCUUUUCCGCCAUAUUGCCGCAAACCAAACUGCGAAAUCGCCGUGAAGUGUGCGAGUGUGGAGUCAUACGUCAACUUCGCGAUAUGUUCGCUCCGCGACGUCUUGCCGCGAUUCACGCACAUAGUCUGGAGGGCGCUUACAUGUUGGUAAUGAUUGGAGAAACCAGGAGAAACAAACAUACACACAGACUGAUCAAAUGAAAGUCGCGUCUCUUAAAACGUAGUGAUUAUAUUCUCUUUAUGAUUCUCUUUGAUAGUGGCAUUGAAAUUCAGAUUACCCCGUUGAAAAUUGUUUGAAAUAGUGCGUUUGUUUUGUGUAUUUAAGUUUAUAUUACACAAUCUAUAAUGUCAUAUCAACUGUACAGAAAUACUACGAUCGGAAACACAUUACAAGAAAGUCUUGACGAACUGAUCCAGUAUGGGCAGAUAACACCGGCUUUAGCAGUGAAAGUACUAUUACAAUUUGACAAAUCUAUAAAUACAGCAUUAUCCAACAGGGUGAAAUCUAGAUUAACCUUUAAAGCCGGGAAAUUAAAUACUUACAGGUUUUGUGACAAUGUGUGGACCUUUAUGUUGAAUGAUGUGGAAUUCCGAGAAGUACAGGAAGUUGCUAAAGUAGACAAAGUCAAAAUUGUAGCUUGUGAUGGUAAAAAUGUUGAGGAAAGGAGAUAAUUUUUGUGGUGCUGGUAUCAUGUCUAAUUCCAAUAAUUAUCUCAAAAUAUUUUUGCAAGGCUCUAGUUAUGAAAAUGGAUUCAGGUGUGCAUCAGUAUAAAUACUCAGGGCCUAAUUGCAUUGAGGGCCUUUUGUUAAUAUUCCAGUUUGGCUUGUUGUGAUUUAUAAUUAUGAGGUUAUAAGACUUUUGACAUUGGUGUUGUGUUGUGUUGUGUAGUGUAGUGUUAAUACCAAAGCAAGGGACAAGCAUUUCCAUUGCUACAAUUCAAGACAAAAUAGGUAUAGGUACUUACUUUAUUAAGAUUUUUCGUAAUUGUAUGGAAUAAAUUGAAAUGUUUCAUUUAAAAUUCUGAUUGUAUUUCAUUCAUAUCAUGUUAUGUGUGUAUUUUUAAAAUAAAUAAAUUAUAUACUGGUGUA